GCGUACACUUGUUAUACGCCGAUCCUUCGACCCACUCCUCCCUUCCCCUGCCGCAGAGGUGGAGAGAGCGAGGGCGCGCUCGGGUGAUGGGCGAGGGUGCGCUCGAAGCGCGCGAAUGUCCAGACCCCAUAGGUCGCAGAUGUCCAGCCCCAUAAGACGCGGAUGUUCAGAUCGUUCAGACCCCAUCCGUCGCGGAUGCACAGACCCUAUCCCCAUAGGAAGUCGGCGGCUCGACGAGACGGACGUGCACGAGACGGACGGGCACGAGGCGGACGUCGACGAGAUGUACGCCGACGACGCGGCAGUGAAAACGUCGGCAGCGCGUUGUGGGGGACGCUGACGGGGGUCGUCGAGAGCAUGGUAAGGGGGUCGACGAGAGCAUGGUGCAGCGGAGGUGCGCGUCGCGAUGGUGCAGCGGAGGUGUGCGCCGCGAGGACGCAGGGAAGGUGUACUUCGCGAUGGUACAGGGAAGGGGCGCGUCGCGAUGGUACAGGGAAGGGGUGCGCCUCGGGGGCGCGAGGGGCGGUGCGCGCCGCGAGCAGAAGCGCGGGCGGAAGAGCGCGAGGAAGAACACGGGCGGGAGAGCGGGAGGAGAAACAAGGGCGGGAGAGCGCGAGGAGGAGCAGGGAGGAGGGGGAGGAGAAACACGAGCGGAAGAGCGAGAAGGGGCUUGAGGAUGGGAGGGGCGCGAGGGGCGCGAGGGGUGCGAGAAAGGCGCUUCAGGGUGCUCAGGGUGCGAGGGAGAGGGGGUGGAAUGUGUCGAGGACGCGCGGGUGAGGAGAGGAGAGGAGGGGCGACUACGGAGGACCGACGGACGAGAAUGAGGGAAGCAGGGCUGACGGACGAGAAUGAGGGAAACAGGGCUGACGGACGAGGG